AUGAGCAUCUCAGAUAGAGAAAUGGACUGCAGAUACCUCACUAUUCUGCAGUACCAACCCCAACACAAUUUUUAUCGCGAUCGCAAUUGCCACAUGAAGCUCAGUGAUCUCAAAUUCAGGUUGGACCUAAAGGUUUUGAGCGAUCUUUUCUUCCUCACGGGAGCAGGUCUCCUGAUGUACUACUUGGUAACCCAUCUUUUGGAGAGCGAUGGACCUGUAGGAAGUAAGGAAAACAGAAAAAAAGGUGCCGGUAUUUUCAAGCGACUUCAAAGUUCUCACCCUUCCUUACGGUCUUUGAAGCUCAACGAGUACGAGAAGCUGCUUCUUAACAACUUGGUGAGUCCGGAGGAAAUUGCCGUGAAUUUUGCCGAUAUUGGUGGACUUGAAGAUAUUAUCAGUGAGCUUCAAGAACUGGUCAUUCUUCCCUUAACAGAACCAGAUUUAUUUGCUGCCCAUUCCACUUUGGUGCUGUCUCCCAAAGGAGUUCUUUUCUACGGACCACCCGGGUGCGGAAAAACCAUGUUGGCUAAAGCCAUUGCCAAGGAAAGCGGUGCGUUUUUCCUUCUGGUUCGCAUGUCCACAAUAAUGGACAAAUGGUACGGCGAGAGCAACAAGAUUGUAGAUGCUAUCUUUUCUCUCGCCAACAAGCUCCAGCCGUGCAUCAUAUUUAUUGACGAGAUCGAUCUGUUUUUGCGCGACCGGUCGCUGUCGGACCACGAGGUCAGCGCACUUCUCAAAGCCGAGUUCAUGACUUUGUGGGACGGUCUCGUAUCCAAUGGCCGGGUACUUGUAAUGGGCGCUACCAAUCGCCACAAUGACAUUGAUCUGGCAUUCAUGAGACGGAUGCCCAAGCAGUUUCCUGUCAGAAAACCCGGAGCCCGCCAGCGCCGCGAGAUCUUGGACAAAAUUCUCAGCGAUACUAUUUUGGACCCCAGUUUCGAUAUAGAGGCGGUGGUUCUGCGGACCAAUGGUUACUCGGGAUCAGACUUGAAGGAAAUGUGCCGCGAAGCCGCCCUCAAUUCCAUGCGCGAGUACAUCCGAAACAACUACAAGAACGGCAAGCGUGUUGGCGAUGGAGAGGCCAAGGUGGAGCCGCUUCGGACCCAGGAUUUCUUCAAGGAUUUGGAAAGUGGGUUAGAUUAG